GUAGAAGAAGAAGAUAGUCGCUUUGCUGAAGCCCCCCCGUUCACUCCCUGAGUCGGUCACAUGCAGCAUAAUGUUUUUAAUUAACCUCCGUUAAGUCAUUUGAGGAGACGUUUCUCUGUUGCUGUUGUUUUGCCCAGUUUUCUGUUACUGGUGACUUCAGGACUGUUCCAGACUUUGGAUGGAGUCAGUAUUCAAGUUUUUACUGACUUGUGUCAUCACAGUAAGGAACCCCAGGAUCCAGGAUUUAUGCCAUCCUGUAGACAAGCCAGAGGAGAAUGGUCAAGUAUUUCUGUAAUAACACAGACAUCAGGAGUACGUGGGACCAUGUUGUCUCUGCUUUUUGGCAGAGGUACCCAAACCCAUUCAGCACCCAUGUUCUCACAGAGGACGUUGUGUACCGUGAGGUGACUGCGGACCACCGGCUCCUCUCCAGACGCCUCCUGAUGAAGACCAAUCGGCUGCCUCGCUGGGCGGAGCAUAUCUUCCCCUCAGGCAUGUCUCGGUCUGUUUACAUCGUCGAGGACUCCAUCGUGGACCCCGUCAACAGGAGCCUGACUACCUACACCUGGAACCUCAACCACACAACUCUCAUGUCUGUUGAAGAGCGUUGUGUUUUCCAAGACUCAGCUGAGCAGCCAGCCUCCACCCAGCUGAAACGGGAAGCGUGGAUAUCUUCAAGUGUUUAUGGCUUCUCCAGACCCAUUCAGGAGUUUGGAUUGGCUCGCUUCAAGAGUAAUCAGGUGAAGGCCAUGAAAGGUCUGGAAUACGCACUCUCUAACUUACAGGGAGAGGCGCCCCAGCGCCCACUCAGGGACUCAGUGAAGGACGCGUCAGAGAAGGCCAAGGAAGCAGCAAAGAGCCUGGCUUCAGCUGCUGCAGCGCCACAGAAACCACAGCAGUACGUCUGACAAGAUAAACUCCCCACAAUGCCUUUCUCAUCGUCCUGAUCUCCUGGACUGGACUGAAGUUUUUCUGGGAUCACGCUGGUUUGCUGUUUAUUCUCUUUUCAGCUUCACUGUGUGGUUUUUCUUCUUUUUUUCUGAUUGGCUCUCUUCUCUUUGGGAAGUAUUUUUCUUCUCUUUUCUCAGAUUUCUGUCUUCUCUUUCAGCUCUCAUUAUAUCUCAGGUCCUUAGUUCACAUAUGAAUUAUAAUGCCUUGAGAAAGUUUCAGAUUAUGACCUGCAGCACCCUUUACUGCUGAACGCUGUCAGAUGAUAGAACUUACUUUUGUGUCUUGCCAUAGAUAUUUAACUUUACUCUAUUUUCUUAAGGCAAGCUUAUUUUAAUGCAAAAUAUGAAUCAGCCAUUGUGGUAUGAAGUAAAUAUAUGAUUAUGCUUUAUAUGUUGAUCAAGACUAAAGGUCACAUCAGAUGCACUUCAGGUCACAUUAUGCAUUUUUCAGCUCCUACAGUACAACAGACAGUCUGAUGUUUACUCUCAUCUGGCCUCUUGUUUCUCCUCUCAUUAUUCACUUUGUCAAAGUCCUGUGUAAGUGUUUUUCCUCUGGCAUGUCCUUACUUAGCAAGUAUAACAGUUUUACCCCAUUAACAUAAUGCAUUAGUGUGAUUUAUGUUGUGAUUUGGGCAUUCAGAUACCAAGUGGUGAUCCUUAAAGCUUUGUGUGGACACACCUUAAUUCAUACUGAAAACAGUCUGAUAUCUGAUACACUGCAUAGACAAAAGUAUUCAGCUGUACUUGUUAAGUAUUUAAUUCAUUUGUUUCAAUCAGACCUGUUGCCACAGGUGAAUUAAAUCAAGCCCCUAGCCACGCAGUCUCCAUUUACAAACAUCCGUGAGAGAGCUCUGUGACUUCAAGCGUGGUGCUGUGAUGGAUGCCAACUUUGCAAUAAGACUGUCUUUAAAAUUUCAUCCCAGCUGGAUAUUCUACAGUCAACUGUGAGCGAUAUUAUCAGAAAGUGGAUGCGUUCAGGAACAACAGAAACUCAGCCAUGAAGUGGAAGAUCACGUUAAAUCACAGUGCAUGGUGCGUAAAAGUCUCCAACACUGCUGAUUGCAUAGCUGAAGGGUUCUGAACUUUCUCUGGCAUUAAUGUUAGCACCAAAGCUGUGCAGCAGGAGCUGCAUGGAAUGAAUUUCCAUGGCUGAGCAGCUGCAUGCAAGCCUCACAUCACCAAGUCCAAGCAUUGGAUGGAGUGGUGCAAAGCACACUGACACUGGACUGUGAAGCAGUGGAAACGUGUUCUGUGGAGUGACAAAUCCCAUGUAUAUAACGUGUUAAUGAUAAUAUGAGGGAGAAAAGCUGUUAAAGAGGCACUGCUAGCCUCUUAGCUUGUGGCUUAUUUACCCCAUUCAUCACACGGCAAUAACAUGCCAAGGUUAGAGACCCACAGAAAUGAUGAAUGGGCUGUUGUUGGCAGGAAGUGAGUCCCGGUAUCAGGUCGUCACUGAAAGUGUAUUGUGAAUAACUAGUGUGGACCUGCAUGCCAAAGUGUAGUCACUUGGUAUCUGAAUACCCAAAAUGGAUCAUUUAUCCCUGAUAAUGCAUUGUCUGAACAAUCUCUGAGCUCUUCAGAGCUUUAUUGAAAGCCUUGCCUUGAUACAUUUUGCACUUACUGCAUGAAACCAUAUCUACUCAGCACAAAUUGAGGAGUACAAAAAAAGAGGCAUUUUGGAGACUGGGUUUGGAACAAAAGGGGGGUUAUUCUAUCUCUUAGCGAGUGUACCAUCAGAAUCAUGUUGAAGCUGGAUUUCUUUUAGACAACACAGUUGUAAAAUGUGACUUUAAGCAAUGAAGGAAAUGGCUUUUAAUUAAAUGCUAUAAUGUUCACGCAUGGAUAUUUAAACUGUGAGCUGUAUUGUAAAAUUACUUUCCUCAUGAUAUCUCUCUUUUGGCAUGGAGACUGAACUGAAUUCUGCUGUCUGUGUCGAUAUACAAUCUGCUCUGUAAUAAUGCGCACAAAAAAAGAAAAUGUAGCAUAAAUGCUACUCGUUAAAGACUGCCAGACAGACCUAUAUAAAUAUAAAAAACCAAAAGGACUUACACUGCAGUAAGUAAAAUCCAGUCUAGUUUUCACAGCAGUUCUCUGACUGUGCUGAGCCUUUAUACUGAUGUUGGUCUGCGUUAGAGAAAAUUGUCUAGGUGCAUUGUUUUAAUCUGCCUGCUGAUAUGAAGCCGAAGCUGUGAUAAAAAUGAUUAUUGUUAACAUUUCAGUGAUUCCAUUCCUUUUGAAGAUUUAUAUGUAUGUUUUUUUCUGAAUGACUUGAAUUAUGGUUCUAGUUUAUUUUAUAUGAUGCAUUAUAAAGAAUUAUUUACUGUUAGGCAUUUGUAAUACUAUGUAUUUAGAUUAUUUUAAACAGGAAGUAGUAGCAUGUUGAGAAAAUAUGGAAAAAAAAUCAAUCACUUUUGAUUGGUUGAACAUAUUUGUUUCAAUUUAAAGUAUUUUAAACUCAAUAUUUUUAUUUUGCUUGUGUAUCAAUUUUAUUGAGCUUUAAUAAAA